AUGUCAAUUGAAUCAACUCAAAUCAUUGUAGCAAAUGCUCCAGUUACUGCCGUUAAUUUUGAAUGGAAUAAACCCGAUUCAACAUUUGAAAUAACUAAAACUACGAUUAAUCCGGAGGAUUUAAAAGAUGGUGAAGUUUUAGUUAGAACAAUUUAUUUUUCAAAUGAUCCUUUUACCAGAAGUACAAUUCAAAAAGUUGAAAAUCAACAAUACCCAAAGGGUGCACCUGUUAUCGCUGUUGGCUUAGGUGAGGUUUUAAAAUCAAAAUCAACAAAAUACAAACAGGGAGAUAUUAUUACAGGUGUUUGGAGUUGGUCCGAAUAUGCCAUUGUAAAUGAACAUAUUAUCUAUUUUGCAAUUGAUCCAAACAGUAAAUAUCCAUUAACUUAUUAUCUUACUUUAUUAGGUAUUGGUCCAUUAACUGCUUACUUUGGAUUAGUUAAACAAUUUAAUUUCAAACUCGAGAAAGACAGUGACAAUUUUACUAAGAAGAAUUUAAUUAUUAUUUCUGCUGCUUCUGGUGCUGUUGGAUCAGCUGCAGUUCAAUUAUCAAAACAUUUAUUUGGUAUCUCUACUGUUGUCGGUAUUACUGGUAGUGAUGAAAAAGCUCAAUGGGUUGAAUCAAUUGGUGCAGACAAAGCCUUCAAUUACAAGAGUAAGACUUUCCAAACAGAUUUAGCAGAAUAUGUAUCUGCUAAUGGGCGUGCAGACUAUUAUUUUGAUAAUGUUGGUGGUGAAAUUUUGAGUUUCAUUCUUUCAUUAUUAAAUCCAUAUGGUAAAGUUGCUGCUUGUGGUAGUAUUGCAGGAUACAAUGAUCCAUCCAAAUCAUUAGUUUCAAACUGGUACAAGAUUACCACAAGUAGAUUACAAAUUUUAGGAUUCACAGUUCAUGACUACGUCCCUGAGUAUCUUGAAGCUCUUAAAGUUUUGGAACAAGCCAUUGAUGAAAAGAAAUUAGUUACAGAAAAUGCUUUUGGUAUUGAAGAUAUCAGCGAUAAAGCUAACAAAUAUGAAUUAGUUCCAUUGAUCUGGAGUAAGAUCUUUACUGAAGAAAAAUCAAAUGGGAAGUUAAUUACUAAAUUUUCUAACUAA